GAAAGAAGUAACGUGAGCAGGAAGCAAUCUUCGAGCGCGUUUCCGGCGUGGUGUGGAAAAAUAAAAAAAAGUGGGGAUAGGAAGCCGUUGAGCGACAUGAAGACUUCGCUGCUCCUGACGCCACCCGUCCGCUCUCCCCCGCUUCCCUUCUCUCGCUUCAUCCAUGGCUUGACGACGUUUCCCAGUACCCUUCCCAAGGUCUCCCACUCCACAAAACCUCGCUUCUUUCGUCCUCCGAGAAGCCGCCGCUUCGUCGUCCUUCCCCCUCUCGCCAUGGCCUCCUCCACGCCUCAGUCCUCUCAGGUGACAGCGCCCGAUGAUGUGAAUGACGGUUCCGAUGCUUUUCAGCGAAUUCAGGCUCACCAGGAGGCAGCUGCUCGACUUUCCCCAGUUGAGGAAAUACGAACUAUACUUGAUCACAGUGUUAGGGGAAUGCUCUCUACAUUCUCAAAGGAGCAUGAAGGUUAUCCAGCUGGGUCAAUGGUUGACUUUGCCUGUGAUCAUGAUGGCUCUCCAAUACUAGCACUUAGUAGUUUAGCAGUUCAUUCAAAGAAUCUCAUGGCAAAUCCUAAAUGCUCUUUGCUUGUUGCCAAGGAUCCUGAAGAUAGGACUGAUACAGUAAUCACCCUAUACGGAGAUGCUACUCCAGUCUCUGAAAAUGAUAGAGAGGCCAUACGUACUGCAUACCUCAGAAGACAUCCUGAUGCAUUCUGGGUUGACUUUGGUGACUUCCGUUACAUCCAAAUCCAACCAAAAUUUGUGCAGUACGUAUCUGGAGUUGCUACUGCUCUGUUAGGAUCAGGAGAAUUUGAUGCGGAGGAGUAUAAAUCUGCAAAAGUGGAUCCAAUAUCUCAGUUUUCAAAGCCUAUCACGUCCCACAUGAAUAGGGAUCAUGCUGAUGAUACGAAAGCUAUAGUGCAAUAUUCGACCUCAGUUAAGGUGGACUCUGCUCAUAUGCUGGAUGUUGACAGUCUUGGUUUCAACGUAAAGGCUGGUUAUCAAGGAAACACUCUGAAGCUUCGGAUACCAUUUCCUAGGCGUGCUCAAGAUAGAAAGGAUGUGAAGACUCUCAUUGUGGAAAUGCUUCAAGCUGCUAAAUCAUCUAGUCUCACAACUGAAUGAUCAAUUUACUAAGAAGAGAGAAGUUAUUGGUUUAUUUGUCUGAUAUCAGUACAUUAUAAGGAUAUCCCUGGGCAUGGUAACUCUUGAGGAAUGUGGAUACUUGAAAGCAAUAAUAGUUGCCAUAAUGGCAAAUGGAUUUCCUGGCAUGCUUGUAAGAUUGCUGCAUGGAAUUGGCUUUGUUCUAAAUAAUUUGAUUUUAAAGGAUGCAUUCUUAAAUUUUCCUUUCGAAACACAUUAAAAUCUUAAAUUGGUAGUAAAGAUUGAUGUCCCUGAAUUUAGUGGUAAAAGACAAAAGAACCACUACUAGUAAUCAUGUUGAGAAUAUAGGGGACUUUG